AUUCCGUUAUAAUGCGUUAUAUAAACUGCUAAUCCCUCGAUCAUUAUUUUAAACAAGAAAAACCAUAAGAGACAAACAAAAUAGAGAUUAAAAAAUGGAGGAAGAGGGGGAAGUCAAAUUUAGCGAGAAACAUAAGUAGGAGUAUCAGCGUUGCUGCAGGGAGUUGGCGGAUUGAAGAUGCUUUUUCCGGCGGUGCAGGUGGUAGUCAUGACGGCCGGAGCAGUCGUCAUUCCAUGGAAGAUGAAGAGGCAUUGCGGUGGGCUGCAUUGGAGAAACUACCAACUUACACUCGAUUACGAACCACCAUUUUCAAGUCAUAUAUUCCACCGGGUCAACAGGAAACGCAUUCAGCUGAUCAUCAGAUGCUGGUGGAUGUACGUGAGCUUGACCCAACUGCUCGACAGAGUUUCAUUGAUAAGAUUUUUGUGGUUCCUGAAGAAGAUAAUGAAAGGUUCUUAAGGAAGUUUAGAGAUCGCGUUGACAAGGUUGGAAUCUCGCUUCCAACAGUUGAAGUGCGGUUUCAAAAUUUGAGUAUAGAAGCUGAUUGUCAUGUGGGAGAUAGAGCACUUCCAACGCUCAUAAAUGCUGCUAGAAAUAUUGUUGAAUCUCUUCUCGCUACUGUUGGGAUCAGUUUCUCUCAGAAAGCUAAAUUACGUAUUCUUAAAGAUGUGUCGGGAGUUAUCAAGCCAAAAAGGAUGGCACUUCUGUUGGGUCCUCCAUCUUCUGGUAAGACAUCCCUUUUGUUGGCACUGGCAGGAAGGCUGGAUCACAACUUAGAAGUUGAUGGAGAGAUAACUUACAACGGUUAUAAGCUUAAUGAAUUUGAACCACGAAGGACAUCAGCCUACAUUAGCCAGAGCGAUGUUCAUGUUGGAGAAAUGACUGUGAAAGAAACUUUAGAUUUCUCAGCAAGAUGUCAAGGAGUUGGAUCUCGUUUAGAAAUGCUAACGGAGCUUGCAAGAAGAGAAAAGGAAGAAGGUGUGAACCCGGAAGCUGAAGUUGACUUUUUCAUGAAAGCAACUGCAAUUGAAGGAGAUGUGAGCAGUUUGAUUACUUAUUACACUCUAAGAAUAUUGGGUCUAGAUGUAUGUCGUGACACAUUUGUUGGAGAUCAAAUGAGACGAGGUAUCUCCGGGGGACAAAAGAAACGUGUAACCACAGGGGAGAUGCUUGUUGGACCAGCAAAAACACUUUUUAUGGACGAGAUAUCAACGGGUCUAGAUAGUUCCACUACUUUUCAAAUAGUCAAAUGCUUACAACAAGUUGUACACCUCACCGAUUCCACCAUCUUCAUGUCCCUACUACAACCUGCCCCAGAGACAUAUGAUCUUUUCGAUGACAUCAUCCUACUAUCUGAGGGUCAAAUCGUUUAUCAAGGACCACGUGACAAUAUUCUUGAGUUCUUUGAAGCUUGUGGAUUCGUAUGUCCAGAAAGAAAGGGUACUGCUGACUUCUUACAAGAGGUGACAUCUAAAAAGGACCAAGAACAAUAUUGGGCAGAUAAAAAUAGACCAUAUAGAUACAUAUCAGUCAGUGAAUUUUCGAAGCGAUUCAAGAAUUUCCAUGUGGGGGAGAAGUUGAAAAACGAGUUGUCAAUUCCAUAUGAUAAAAGCAAAAGCCAUCAAGCUGCUUUAGUUUUCAAAAAAUACUUGGUCCCCAAAAUGGAGCUUCUCAAAGCUUCAUGGGAUAAGGAGUGGUUACUAAUGAAGAGAAAUGCGUUCAUUUACGUUUUCAAGUCUAUACAAAUCGUGUUUAUAGGAUUUAUCACCAUGACAUUGUAUUUUAGGACAACUAUGCACCAAAGGGAUGAACAAGAUGGUCGAAUCUAUGUAGGGGCACUUUUGAACAGUUUGCUCAUAAACAUGUUUUAA